GAAACUGCGCGCUUAUUCCUGCCUAGACUUCAUCAUGGACGGCAUCGGCCUCACCGUCAACAGUUCUGUCUGGCGACUACUACUGCUGCUGGUCCACGCUUGUCCACAUGUCACGUCUACCUGUGGAGGAACGUGGUCUUUACUGAGAGGCGAUAUGAUGUCACCUGGGUAUCCGAGUACCUACACCAGCGGCUCGACAUGCAUUUACAACAUUACAACGCCCUCUACCGAGCAGAAGAUACAGAUGAGAUUUAACAAACUGGACACUGGCCUGUACGACACGUUUCAGGUAGAGAAUUCCUCCAGACAGACGAUCUUCAGACGGGGAGGGAAGACAGGCUACGGCACGGUGCCCCCGGCAGCGUCUUACUUUGUCACGUUCAUUAGAAAAACCGGGUCUUACUUCUAUGGAUUCCAAGCGACCUGGGCCGAGUGUGGUGGGGACUGGACGAGCGACUCUGGCAAUUUUAGCUCACCUUACUACCCCUAUAGCUAUUACAAGCUGGCUCAUUGCAGCUACACGAUCACUCCAAGCAGCGGCAACCAGAUCAUCCUGACUAUCGAAAAGCUCAACUUAGCAGUCGGACAUUUCCUACAGGUGAAAGAUGGAAUGGGGCGCAGUCUGGCAAACCUGACAGGAAUUAUGGCGUUCUAUCACUUCGGACCAUCCUCCUCCUUCAAUGCUGAAUUCAAGACAUUUUGUUGUCAACAAAGCACAGGAUUCCACGCAACAUGGCAAGCUGUACAACCAGAAAAAGCCACGCCCCCAGCAUUUGGUCAAACCAUUCUCGGCAUGUCGGCAUUUUCCAACAUGCCGGCUUGUGUAACCCGGAAGUUCACGAAAGUCUCCACGGACGGACUCGGCCUCUCGUGUACCAUUCGGGAGAAGAUGGCGACGUUGGAUUGUAUGAGUGCCUGCAAGGCGGAACCGUCAUGCUCCUACUUCACCAACUGGAGAGGGUCCUGCGCGCUCCUCCGACACGACAACGCCUCCAGCCAGCCUCUCCCGCCUACACUAUUCAACAUUAAGGAUUUCACCGGUUAAAUGAGUGGCCGUCAUCAUUGAGGUUGCGGCUGGGAUUUGUUUGGAGACUAGAUAUUGUUUGGAGACUAGAUAUUGUUUGGAGACUAGAUAUUGUUUCAGCUACAGCUGCAAAACCCGAUACUUUUUAAUCAUUAUUUUUUUUAAUUCAAAAGUCUAAAACAUUUUUUUUCAAGAGUUUAUGUGGAACAAUUUAUUCGAUAAAAUCCCAGCUGUAAGAGGAACCUUGUAUCAAGGUCGUAGUUAUCUUUUUCGACGCGGGUGGGAGGGGGCAAAUAUUUGUACAGGUAUCACUUGUCCCCAACUUGAUUGAAGCUUUUUUAAUUGUUUUCAAGAGUUUAUCUGGAACAAUUUAUUUUUUUCGAUAACAAUCCAGUCAUCCCCAUCCCCGUCCCCCACCCCAAAUUUCAGGCUUACGGCAAUCAUUAACACCCAUAAGGACCUCCUUAUUUGUAUUCAUAAUUACAGGCAUAUACGAUAUGAUCAUAAAUACGAAACCAAUUUACCGAUCUGUACUGCAGAGCAAAAGAAAGCAUACACCCAUGUUUAGUGAUGGCUAAAAUGAAACAAAACAAGAAACGGUUAUUCGAUGGUGAUGUAUUUGAUACGGGUAGCAUAGGCGAUAUCACUGCAUCAUAUCAAUGAGUAUCACACAACUUGUGACGUGCACAUGACGUCACAAGGAACAUGGGAAUCACAAUUUCAAAUCCAAUUUACAAGUAUGAUUUCUUUUGCCGGGACGUAUACAAUUCUAGUUUCAGGAACUCGUACGAUUUGGGAAGGUGGAUAGAGCGUUAUCACGCUCGUGAAACAAGAAAUAGGACCGAACAUGCCAAGCAUACAUUAAUUAUUAUAAUUAUUAUUAUAUUUAAGAUACACAGAUGCUCAAAGCAAACGCAAAGUGGUUUCACUUGUUGCGUUCUGAAAGCUGGCGACCAACCGAGUGAGUUGCAAUAUUCUAGCAAUAUCACAGUGAAGGCACACAAGAAAUAUACCCAUUUGAGAAAUCAAACCCGAGUCAUAAGCGAGACUAGACAACCUUUAACUUCCAACCGGGUAAUGUUAUGGCAAGAUUGGCUGGUUACCAUUGUGAGCCAACACGAGCAUCUUCCACGAAAAUAAUACAUGAGCUUCGGAAGUCAACCCGUGAUGAUCCCAGGGCAUUCGUCACCACUCGCCUCUUUCCGUAACCGCUAUUCGGCUUGUCCCGGAAUAACACGAGUUGGGCACGAAUGGAUCCCAGGGUAGAACAGAUGCCCAGCCAUCUUUGUUUGUCGUAACAGGUCUUACGACAGCGCGAUACAAGAUACACAUUACCGUUUAGAGUAAAACGUGCAAAUGUAUUCAAAUUGUAUGUGCGAAGAAAAUCAGCUGUAUAUAUUCUUAAAUCACUUUUAAAUGUGAAAUAUUUCAUGUUAUUAAGAAUUUACUUAAAUAUUCUUGGCGUUUAUGGAGAUAUAUAAAACUAGGUAAAACCCGACGUAGUACACGGUGUAAAUCUACGUCGACAUGAUUAAAAACUAAAAUAAUUUUUUUUUAAAUACUAAAAUAAUAAUAAUAAAGUGCAGUCUGGGAUACAAUUGUUUGGGUAAGGGGUGCAGUGAGCGAUCGCAACUCCGGUAUUAUAGUAAGUACCUUCAGCUUUGUUCGCAGAGCUGUAUGUUUUAAAUGUUAGGUUUUGAUACCAGCUCUCAGUUGUGUUUAGUCGUGGAUUUCUCCAGGUCCUUUUUGUCUAGUUCACAAUCUAUUUAUAUAA